CUCUUUCUAAUUCAAGAAACUUUUAUUUUCUUCUAUUUCCAUGACAAAUACACUUGUGUCAUAUAUUAAGCCCAUUCAAUCCCUACUUCACCACUACUCUCUCUCUCUCUCUCUCUCUCUCUCUCUCAAAACUAAACAUGACAGUGGGAUCAGCACCACUGUUUUCUAGAUUGGUGGCUAUGAUCUAGAUCAUGACCUGCAUUGAAUGGCGUUCUUCCCAGCCAACUUUAUGCUACAAACUCCUCAUGAGGAUGACCAUCAGCCUCCAACAUCUCUCAAUCCAAUUCUGCCUCCGUGCACUUCUCAAGACUUCCAUGUAUCCAAACUUUUAUGAUGGUUCAGGUGUUGCUUCACUUCUAGGGAAGAGAUCCAUGUCAUUUUCAGGUAUUGAGGUUUGUGAUCACCAGGAAACUCAUGGGGAUGAUGACUUGUCUGAUGAUGGGUCACAAGCUGGAGAGAAGAAGAGGAGGCUGAAUAUGGAGCAAGUGAAGACACUUGAGAAGAACUUCGAGUUGGGAAACAAGCUUGAACCUGAGAGGAAAAUGCAGUUGGCUAGGUUGCUUGGUCUCCAGCCAAGGCAGAUAGCUAUAUGGUUCCAGAACAGGAGGGCAAGGUGGAAGACCAAGCAACUAGAGAAAGACUAUGAAGUCCUAAAGAGACAGUUCGAAGCAAUCAAAGCUGACAAUGAUGCUCUUCAAGCCCAAAACCAGAAGCUUCAGGCAGAGAUAUUGGCACUGAAAGGCAGUAGAGAGCCAACGGAGUCGAUCAACCUCAACAAAGAGACAGAGGGAUCUUGCAGCAACAGAAGUGAAAACAGCUCAGAAAUCAAGCUGGAUAUCUCAAGGACACCCGCAAUUGACAGCCCUCUAUCCACACAUCCAACCAGCAGACCCCUCUUCCCUUCCUCCAUGAGGCCCACUGGCCUGUCCCAACUCCUCCACACCCCAUCCUCAAGACCUGACCUCCACUCCCACUCCCACUCCCACAAGCUUGACCAAACUGUUAAAGAUGAGAGCUUUUCCAACAUGUUCUGUGGCAUUGAUGAUCAAACUGCCUUCUGGCCAUGGCUGGAACAGCAGCAUUUCAAUUGAAUCCAUUCCAUUCCACAAAAUAUAGCCUAGCCUAAGCUAGUGAUUAAGCAUUUACCCAUUUCAUGAAUGGUUUUGCUAGGUGGAUUAAGAACAUCUUCAUCGUCUCGGCUGUUGUCCUCGUCAUCACUAUAUAUGAUCAUCAUUCUAUAAGGCUAAGUUAAAUUCUUGUUUUGGUACCUUAGACUGGUGUAAAGAGUAAUAGUAGCACAUAUCAAGUUGAAUUUGAGGUGGUCUUUUGCAGAUCUUUAUGGAGGAAUAAAGGGGUGUUCACCCUUUGCAUUUAUUUUAAUAUAUAUACCAUUGUUUU